AUGUCAGAUAAUGCCUGUGUGACCAUCGCAUUGGUGUCAGUCAAUGGCAGUCCAGCCGGCGACAAGAAGAUUGGUACCAGCCACAAGCUGAAGACGACCAGCACGACGACCACGAUUUCACCAGCCCGUAAAUGCAAGUCUGAGUGUCCGAACGACUAUAAUCCGAUUUGCGGAUCUGACGGGGCCAAAGUGAACUUGAGUUUCGGCAACAAGUGCGUCAUGGAGAAAUACAACUGCGAGCACAACACGAAACUCACUGUGAAAUUGGAAGCUGAGUGCCCCAACAGCAAAGGCAUCCGGCUUGCUUAACUGCAUGCACGUCCUAUUCAACUACACAGCAAUGUGAAAUAUAAAAAAAAAAAUGUCUAUAUACAUUACAUAUUGGCAAGCAGCACGUGCAGAUAUCGACGAGGAUAAUAGUACCUAUACCGUUCGCAAGAGAAUUCGUCAAUUUUUUAAUUUUUUCCCCUCAACUUCCGCCCACACACGUACAUCAUCGCACACACAUACACACACACACUUACAAGUAUAAAAAAGAUCUAGCACGCAYACACAAACACACGUCAUGCCAACGUUAUUUUAAUAUUUUAUUAUCUAGCUAUUUUUACUAUCACCUACCUAUAUUUGUAAUGAUUAUUUUUCUUCGUCAGACUCAUGUACAUGAUCUCGUGUACAUGUGGAUCGUGUAUAAUAAUAAUAAUAAUAAUAAAUACAUAAAAUAAUUUUAA